GACAGCAGGAUUUGUUAUUUGGGAGCCCAAGACGUUGUCUGGACUAAAUACUAAGGGGUUCUGAGGUGGGGAAAUGUGGGGACCUCAGUACUGGAGGAAGAGGACGCCAGUUCCCAACUCUGAGUAGUCAGCCUGGGCGGUGGGCUCCGUGUCUGAGCGCAGCCGGCUGGGCGAGCACAGACAGGGCGCCUCACUUGCAUUUUCACUGGUUUUGGGUAAAACCGUGACUUGAGCGGGCUCAGGCAGGGGAGGAGGGCGCCCUGCCAGGCACCCAGAAUGUGCUCGCGAGGGGGAGACAAGCACUUCAUUCUAGACCUUUUCCUCAUUCCCUGGGAGUCUCCUGCUUCUUGGACGCUUGUUUGUCCCGAGAUUUCCGGAGCUCUGCGGAAAAUGGGAUUUCAUGAUUUUGUGCACCAGCACAAGGGCCUGUGCUACUACACCAACGGGACGCAGCGGGUGCGGUACGUGACCAGAUACAUCUACAACCGCCAGGAGUACGUGCGCUUCGACAGCGACCUGGGGGAGUUCAUCGCGGUCACCGAGCUGGGGCGGCAGAGCGCUGAGUACUGGAACGCACAGAAGGAGUUCCUGGAGCAGACGCGGGCCGCGGUGGACACGCUGUGCAGAUACAACUACGAGGUGUUAGCCCCUGUCACCUGGCAGCGGGAAGUGGAGCCCCUGGUGACCAUCUCCCUGUCCAGGACAGAGGUUCUAGGCCACCACAACCUGCUCAUCUGCUCAGUGACAGAUUUCUACCCUGGCCAGGUCAAAGUUCGGUGGUUCCAGAAUGACCAGGAGGAGACAGCUGGUGUAGUGUCCACCCCCCUCAUUAGGAAUGGGGACUGGACCUUCCAGAUCCAUGUGAUGCUGGAAAUGACCCCCCAGCUUGGAGAUGUCUACACCUGCCAAGUACAGCACCCCAGCCUGCAGAGCCCCAUCCUCGUGAAGUGGAGGGCACAGUUUGAUUAUGCUCAGACCAAGAUGCUGAGUGGUGUUGGGGCCUUCGUGCUGGGGCUGAUCUUCCUCGAGCUGGGCCUUUUUAUCCAUCACAAGAACCAGAAAGUUGGCACCAGGGACAGCAAAGGGAAGAAACUUUCAUCUGGAACUAAGGAGAUGGAGCUGAAAUCCAGGAAAGGAAAAUUGGAGCCACUUCCUGGAAAUGCAGGAAUGAGAGUUGGCUAGGGGAUUGGAGGGUAAAUGGAAGUGAUCAGCUUUUUUUUUUUUGCCCUCCCGCCAUUAGCAUCUGUGCUUGACACCUGUUGUCUUACACUCGUGCCUGAUGGCAGCCCUGGGAGUGUGGUGUGGGUGAGCAUAGGUGGGUGCACCUGAGCGGAGACUGAACCUAUAAGGGCUGUGGCAGGGGAAGGGGCAGAGGACAAUGGAUCGAGAGACCAGCGAAGAGAGCAUAAGAAAAUACCUGAGAGUCCAGAAAGAGUGAAGAUGUAUUGGGGGAUAGGAGGCCUGCCAGCCUCCCGGCCCCGGACCUUCCUGCCUGGCCUGCACCAUGACAAAUGGUGCAAAAAGAUUAUUAAAAGCCCAAAAAGCCACUGAGGGCUCCAGGAGUCCUUUACCCAUCUGCCUGGAUCAUAGAAAACCUGCUCUGUGCCCUGCUGGCACUACAGUGAUGGACAGCCAGACUGGGAAUCGGACUUACUCUGCUAAACUCUGCAGCCAUAUCAGCCUGGGACCAGAGUCUGGGUACCCAUCAGCCCUUCACAGCUAAAAGCCUGUCUCUGUGACCUGGCCCAUGACAGGACAAACCUGGGUUUUGCUCAGCCCUUGGAGGACUCAGCUUCCUCGUCUAGAGUGGAUGAUGGAAGAAUGUCUGCAGGGGAGGUGUUGGAGAAAGUGAUCAAGAGGAUGCAAUGGCUGGAUGAUCAAGACAAUUGGAGGCUCCUCACCCACUGACCUUGGAAUGUGUAUCCAGCGACUUUUUUGCUCCCAGAAGCUGCUCUAAGGACAUAGCCUUGAAGUAGUAUUGUGGUAAUGAGACUACGUGGGUAGUACAUGUGACUGAACCCAGUUUUGGCCUUUGUAUUCUAUGGUUUGGUAGGUGCAGAAAACUACUUGGUCUUGCCACUUAACAAUCUGGAGUGGCUUACUGAC